GCUUCUGAACUUUUUCUUUCGUGCCCUAGCAUUCCGCUUAGCCACACACAGCCUGUCGACCUUUUCAGCAUUACUAGUUUACUACCUUUUUCUUAUCUUUCGGUUGGCUCCUGCUGUUUCUAAAAAGGGAUGUUGUUUGCUUCAUAAGUAUGAGAAAGAGCACCUGGCUGCUACAUCCAACUUCAAACUGCCUUCCUCAGAACUCUCUCAUAGCUAGGGCCUUUACUGCUGAGAAGUGAAAUGAGUCAUGGGUGCUGAGGAGAGAUUUGUCAAAGCUUCGUCCAAUUCGUGUCCUUGCAAAUAUAUGGAGGUUCCAAAUGUUCGUCACCUGUAACCGAAGGAGAGAAAAUGCACGGCAAGCAGCUGGAAGACCUGGAACAUGAGUUGCACGCUUUCAGGGAUGGCUACUGAUUUAUUUGGCCCUCAUAGAAAUCUCUCUUCCUUGUUGGAGAUAGAGGGACCAAGAAGCAUUAGAGGCCUAAAAAGUAAAGAUUCUAUUCAGAAACUAGCCAAAGUAUUGCUGAAAAGCAGUUGGCAAAAGGUUUUACACAUCUUGGUAGAGCUAAUGGAGAAAUCUAAACAAGACAGUAGGGAAUCAGUUCGGAGAACAAUCAUGGAGCAUGAUGAAGUCUUCAGACAGCAGGUGCAUGAACUGCAUCGGCUAUAUCGUGUACAAAAAUCACUGAUGGCUGAACUAGGAGGUGAGAAGCACAGGUUCCAAUCGAGGACAGAAGAAACUCAAGAAAUGAUGCAAGAACCCCGGUCAAAUCUCAAGAAUAGCCCCUCUACAUCAGAGACAAGCCAAUCUGCUCAUCUUGGUCAACACUCUACCCCAGAGCAUUCAAUUCUUCAAGAAUUCAAACCAGCAACAUGCCUAAACUUCUUCACUGAAGAAACCUCAAGAACACAAGAAUUUAGACGAGAAGGUGGUAGAUCAGUUGGAGGUGAAAAUUGGAGUACUUCUGACCCUUCAGUAGAGAGUGAUCUUGACCUCAAACUAACAAUUGGCCCCAGUUUGCAUGCAACAAAAGCACCACACUGGCUCUUCUCAGGCAGCAGGGACAGAAAUCCUUCUGGUCAGCAUCGAUGACAACAAACUGGCAUUGUAGAACAGUUAGUUGGAUGACAAAAAUCAGAGGAAUCAAGGACAGAAAUCCUUCUGGUCCUAGCAAUGGAAUGCAACACUUUCAAGUUUCAAGAUACAUCAGCACUGCAAUCUAACCUCCAAAUUUUGAUCAGAGUUGAGCCUCAAUCUUGAGUGAUCUGUGUGCAAAACCUAGGGUGUAUCAGAAGUAGGAUUUGCUAGGAGCAUAUUAAUGUAAAGCCAUGAUACACAUUACCAACCACUCAGCUCUUGUUUGUCCUCUCUUCAAUUCAGACUGGAAGAGAAGAAACUUUACUGAGGAAGUAUCAAAUUUGGAAGAGCAAAAGAGUUCCUUACUUCAAUCUUCCUGAUGCAGUUGUUACAUCAAUCAAUGUCCUCAAAGGAGCUCUGACUAAUCUACCAUGAUUGGUUCUUCAUUUAAAUUUGUCUUGUUUCUUCAUUUAAAUUCUUCAAAAUGAAUAUGAAUUUUGGCCGAUCAAACAUCCAAGUUCUUUACUACCCCAAACCCCAAGUAUUGUAAACUACAACUGCAUUAUGUGGUAUUUCAACAUAUAAUGGGUGUGCCAUUGACUGUCUCAACCAAUAAGCUGCUGCAUUCUUCAGAAUCAAGUGGCAGAUGUUCAAGAACAAGUCAAAUAAAUAUCCUAUCCCGUAUAUCAUUAAUAUAAAGAUCCUAUUCUGCCAUAUUG